UAUAUUAUAAUUGAAAAUUAUUAUACAGACAUCGUCACAUAUACACACAAUCAUUUAAAUAGGAAUUUGAAAAAAAGGAAAUAAAUGAAAAUAAAUUAGCACGGAUGUGCAUGAAAAUAUAAAGAUAAAACAAGUUUGAUGAGCAAUUUGUCAAUAUUAAUCAACAUCAAAUUUUGCCAGAGUGCUUGUUAACUUGUUAUUACGUGUAAUGUAGCUCGAAAGAGCUCAUGCAUAAUACAUCCUGCGGAAUACCCGCUCAUUUUACAAAUCGUUCAUUUGUCAUAUACAAUGAAGCUCAGACAAGAAUUGCUUAUUAUUUUAACGAACAUUUUUACAAUGAAUAACUGCAGAUGUUGCAGAAAUGUAGAUUUGCGGUAUUCAAUGUCGUAUAAUUUAGUUAAAUUUGAUGCAAAAUCAACUGCAUCUGUUAUGACAAGACGACGAUUCGUUAAUGUUUCAAAAUGUAAAGAUUAUGCCGAGGCCAAACAAGCACUUGCCUUCAAUUUCGGUAAUUUCUUACAAACUUUUGUUCUUAUACUACGUGCAAUUGCAGAUUAUUAUGUAUGUAAUCGAAUAAGUAAAUUGAGAUUGACCGGAAAUGAUUUUUGGGAACCUAAUUGCAUUUUACUUCAUUGUCCGGAGUUAAAUGGUCUUCAUCAAUUGGUAAAUAUAUCGGGUGUUGAUUAUUACAGUACUUACUCCAAUGAAACGUAUGGUGGGAAUGUAAGUUUAAAUUGCAUUGCAAAUAUUGGGUUGUUCAUAGUGUUUACAGAAAAACAAAACUUUACAAAUGCUCAAAACUCGUGCCAUAAAGUUCAAGGUGUUCUGGCAGACGUGACAAGUGAUGCGCGAACUCGUGGUUUAAUUUCACUUAUAGGUGAUAAUUUAGUUUUUAUUGGCUUGAGUAAUAAAGGAAACAGUCGAAAUUGGAAAAAUGAAUUUGGUAAUGCACUAUCAUGUUUUGAUUAUCGCGCCUGGGAUUCUGGAGAGCCUUCGCAUUCACGGGGUUGCGUCGGGUUGGCCCAGAUAACGCGGAAACGCAAUCCUGUUUGGAAAGUCAUUCCCUGCAAUGCCGAGCUCCCGUUCAUUUGCGAAAUUCCCCAUUCGCAGCAUAAAACAAAACGUUUAACUCAUAUGAAGUGAUAGGGCAGACGGUAAGAAAUAAACAAGUGCAUUCAGAAUUCCUUAAUUUAUAAAGAAAAAAGUUUGUGUAUACUUCAAUGAAUUAGUCAUAUUUACAAUUACGAAAUACAUAAGUCACGUCUUUUGAACGUGUAACAUCACGAAAAGCAAGAGAAAAAAUAAUAUUUCAUUUGUUACCAACACACGCGCCUUUAUUAUGUACAUACAUUUAUUGAUUCUCUCUCACACGCACUCAUAAUCGAGCGUUAUAUUUUUAUACUCUGCUUUUACAGAUUUAGGACACAUCUCGGAAGCAACAAACACAAGCAAACACGUUUCUUUCGUCUUUCUUUCUAUUCAAGCUAAAUUUUGUUCCGAGUUCAAAGAUAUUUUGCAUUUUUUCUUGUUUUCAGACAAUCUCUUAAUAAAUUGUACUCACGUCCGACUUAUAUUGAUAAUAAGAAUUUUAUCGAUGAGCUAUCACUUGCGUACACCAUAUUCUUUUCCUAUCUGUUUUUUUCUUUUAUAUAAUAAUCAUGAAAAUACUGUCAGUGAUUAUGUAAUAUCUUACAGAUAACUAUUGGAAGCAUUAAUUUGUUGUAGUCUGGACUACUCUUCAUGCGUCCAAUUGGCUUAUCGAUUCACAACAUAAAUUUUACAAAUAAAAAAUUUUUUUUUCUUCUUUCACACAAUAAAAUAUAUGACAAUCCUUUUUCUUAUAAACUAUCCUACAAUGGUUUUUAACACAUUCAUUCUCACAAAGAUGGACCUUUUUCAAUGUUUAUCAAAACAUUACAUACAAUAUUGUAAAUAUAAGAUUUUAAAAUCUUA